AUUACAGAAUGCCUCGGCUCAGGCUGCCCUCCAUGCCGCUCAAGCCAUUUCUGUGACCCAAGGACCUGGAACUCCAGCCGCAAAUCCUGCACCUAUGACCAACGGACAAGAAAUUCAAGGCGGGCCUAACACUGUUCUUAGAGUUAUUAUAGAGCACAUGAUCUACCCGAUCACCUUAGAAAUACUACAUGUGAUAUUCCAGCGAUUUGGAAAGGUUUUAAAGAUCGUUACAUUUACAAAGAACAGUUCAUUCCAAGCACUGAUCCAGUAUCCAGACACGCAGUCUGCUCAAGCGGCAAAACAAGCCUUGGAUGGACAAAAUAUUUACAAUAGUUGUUGCACUCUGCGCAUCGACUACUCAAAGAUGUCCUCACUCAAUGUAAAGUACAACAAUGAUAAGUCUCGAGAUUUUACAAAUCCGAAUUUACCAUCUGGCGAUACCGAGAAUCAAUUAGCUGCCCUUAGUGGAGGUCUUGGCACGACCCUUGGAACUGAUUUGACUUUACUCUUAGCCACCCAACCUCGCCUUACGAGAGAACGACUAGCUGCAGGUGCACCUGGCGUAUUAAGCAAUCCCUUUAUACCUGGAAUAACGUCGCCCUUGGCUUCUCCUUAUGCAGGAGGCGUAGCUGGAGGUAUUCCAGCUCUCGGUGGUUUUGCACUUGGUCAAACAGCCCCUGGUCUAAGAGGUUUGACAAACCCUAACAUUCAAUUGGCAACAGUACUUCUUGUUAGUAAUCUUAAUGAAGAGAUGGUCACGCCUGAUGCUCUCUUUACCCUAUUUGGAGUAUACGGUGAUGUACAACGGGUAAAAAUAUUGUACAACAAGAAAGAUUCUGCUUUGGUGCAACUUGCAGAACCACAGCAAGCACAUUUAGCCAUAACUCAUAUGGACAAGCUGAAAGUGUUUGGCAAACAUAUCAGAGUAAUGUUGAGCAAGCAUCAGUCAGUUCAACUACCAAAAGAGGGUCAGCCUGACGCGGGUUUAACAAAAGACUAUAGCCAGAGUCCUUUGCAUCGUUUCAAGAAACCAGGCUCAAAGAAUUAUCAGAAUAUUUAUCCGCCUUCGGCCACAUUGCACCUCAGUAACAUACCUGCCACAGUCGAGGAGGAGGAUAUUAAAGAAGCAUUUACAAAGAACGGGUUUACAGUUAAAGCUUUCAAAUUCUUUCCUAAAGACCGAAAAAUGGCGUUAAUACAAUUACCGAGCAUGGACGAAGCGGUUGCAGCAUUGAUAAAAAUGCACAACUAUCAGCUGUCGGAGUCGAAUCAUCUAAGAGUGUCGUUUUCAAAAUCUAGCAUAUAAUGUUAGCAAGUAAAGUUACAAUACAAAUAUACACAGUAUUCAUUCCAGCCGUUUGCGUUUUUAUUUUUUAAGGACGCGCGGCGACUGUGGUAGCUAGUUGUUAUAUUUACAUGGAGCAAACGCUUAUUUAUUACACAGACAGUUAGCUUUUGGAAUGUAGAAUGACAAAACAGUAUGAUUACAAGUAUUUUUUAUAAAUAGUUUUUAGUUAAUGCGGUUUUUCUAUUGCUGUUGCAACAAACAGUAUAUUUUCUUUUUUCUAUAAUUAUUUUUAAGAAGUUUUUCGAAUACUUUUGUUUAAAUCGGAUACUUUUUCGUUUUUUUUUUUGUAUUUUAUAAUUUGAUUUGAUCUUAUAAUUAUGGUUCAGUAUUGGAAGGCUUUAAUAACUAAGAAUCGAGGUCGGAUACAGAGACGAGAACGAGAUAAGAAAUAUGUGUUGAAAAGAAUGACUCCACUUUCAGUGGACUAUUUACUGAGUGUUAAAUGUAAAGACUAUUUCAUAUCAUUACAUUAAAAUGUAAGUAAUUCUUAAUAAAUAAAAUGAAUAGCGCGCAUAAAAAUAUUAUAUAAUGACGAACGAGCUAUUUUUUCCACGUUUUUUUCCUUUUUCAAAUGAACAGAGAGUAUAUUUGAUAUGAAAUAAUCUGAAAUUUAUAGUUAGCGUUGUUAGUUAUUCUACGGAUGAAAAAUUAGGAGUAAGUUAGCGUUAGAAGUAAAUUUAGCCAGUGAUUAUUAGUACAUAGGGUAUUACAGGGUGUAGUUCUACCCUAGAAUAUGGAUAUUUCUCAUUUACUAGAUCUGAGAAUGGUUCAUAACUUAACAGGUGGCCGCAGGCAAGUGUCCUAGUCUGCAUAAUUUUAGUCUCUUUGGUGAAAAAUUAUUUUCCCUGGAUAAACUGAAAAGUUGGCACGUUUGUUUUGCUUAAGAACAUCGACAGGGAUUUGCCAUGGAAUCUCUUAAUUGUAAGCAGCAGGUGCUUGCCUGUUUUUGUCGCAAGAAAAGAUAAUGCAAAAACACAUUUCUAUAUCGAUUAUUAUAUUAUUACUACUACUACUACUAUUACUACUAUUACCACAACUAUGUACACUUCGACAAUCAUUAUUCUUAUAUUUUAAAUGUAACCGCUGAAUAAGAAGAAAACAUGUGAUCUAAAUUCUUGUUUUACCCCCUCCUUGAAAUGGUGGAAUUUCAUAUUCCACUUUUAAUUUGUAUUUGUAAUUAAUUAUUAAAUGUGUAUGUAAAGUGGCAUGAAUGCAUUUGCCAAAUUCGAAGUCAAUAUCUACACUGUAAUUGUGUGUGUUUUAAAGAUAUAUUUUUUUAAGUAACGACUUUCAUUCUGCACAAAUGUGUCUUUCAAACUGCGCUAACGUUCUAUCGUUUUUUUUUUCCUUUUUUCGGUAUUAUUAUUAUUAUUGUUAACACUGCUUAUCAGCUUCUUGUUCAGUUAUGCCAUUUUCUUUAUUGAAUUUUUUUGUAUUGAAAUAACACUUUUGCUGUUACUUUCUCUACUUUUUUCUUAAUCUUAUGUUGCAUUAAAGUUUUUUUAAUUAAUUUCACGUUGUUUUUAUACUUUUGUUUGCUUUUGCAUCCCAAACAGAAAUCACGCAGUCUGCAAUUAACUCUUUAGCAAAUUAAGCAUCGUUUUUUGUAUAAAAACUAAAUAAGGAGGCGAAUCUUACCGUAAAUUAAAUAAGAAAUCAACUUAUGUUAAGUAACUGAAGUAGUAAGGGACACACAUUUAUCUUUUAAGCAUUUAUGAUUGGCAGAUGUCGAAAACAAAGUACACUAAAUUCGAAUUCGUAGAGGUCAGGCUUAUUUGUGGUUCUCCACAGUUUUAACAUUCUAACGAUUUUUUUUUGUAGUGUUAUUAUUGGGUCAUGUUAUCAGAGGUAAUUAUAAUUGCAUAAAAGCCCUGUAAUUAUGUAUUUGCAAACGCAAAACUGAAUGUACAGAGUAGCUGAACUGUGGGCACCAGUUUGACUUUGCAAAAAUAUAUGUUUAAUGCCAACAAUAGUCUAUUGUUAGGAAGUGGAUAAAUCAAUCUGUAUUUUACAAAAGCUUUACAGUUAAAAUGUUGAAAAAUGCUAAACUGAAUAAACUAAAGCCUGAAGAAAAAGCUAAAACUUUCAUAGCUGAAGAAAAUAUGGUAUUCGGGCUUGAUGACCGCUGUCUAUAAUUGACUGCACUUCACUAAGAACACUGUAUUUAGUGUUCAUGAAAUUUGAAUUUAUUUUUCCAAAAGGAUGGUUAUCAAUAUUUUUUAGCGAAACUCGUAAAAUAUAUUACAGUGAAAUAAAUGGGAAUUUGCCCUUUUUUACAGAUUUCUACAGGAACAAUACUGUGAUAAUUAAAAAAUUGCAAACCAUUUAAUGUGAACAUAUCACUUAUUUUUAAUUCAGUUGAGAAUUUAUAUGCUUCUUUGCAUACCCACUAACGAUAAGAGUAUCAAUAUAUUGUUAAUCUACUAUAUAAAAUGUUGCUUAAGUUGUUUUGAGUUAAUGGCAGAUUGAAAGUUUAUAGUGACGAUAAGUAUUUGAACAUGAUCUGGCACAUACAAAAAAACGUAGUAAAACAUAUGUUACGGCCUCUGUGCCUACCGUGGGAUCAACUAAGAAUCAUUGAUAAAUGUCUAUUUAUUGUAUAUCAUUCAUACAUACUUAUAUCAAACCUAUAACUAUUCAUAUAUACUCUUCUAUAUACACUUAGAUAAUUUUUAGAGUAACGUAUUAGAGUAGCUGAACUGUGGGCACAAGUUUGACUUUGCAAAUACUACCAUCAGAUCUUUUUAGCACAAAUCUUCUCAAAAACUCAAAAGGCAAAUAAAGUUAUUAUAUUUAUGAACAAAAGUCAACAUGAUGCAAUAGUUGUAGGAAGUACAUUAACUAUUGCACGUUCUUGUACACAAUCUUAUCUAUUUUUCUUUGGCCCUCGAAUUUUCCUCUGAAUAAUUAAUUUCAUUGAUCUGAUUAUCCAGAUUUCAAUAAAUAUUGGGUGCCAAGAUCAGUAUUAAAAAAAUUGUGAACGGCCAGUUCAUAAUUAUUAGACUUUGAUGUUAUGUUGUUGCAGUGUUUUAUGAAGGUUGACAUUUUAUUUAGGUUAAAUCAUUAGAAUCUCUAUUAAAUGUGUAAUACUUUACAUAAUAUACAAUUAUCAAUAUGGUUCAGAUGAAUUUAGAUUUAUUCUUUGUCAUUUUACAAUAAAAUAUUAUAAGUAAA